UGCGAACGCUUAUUCGCUUUCCGCUGUAACCGCGGCUGAUAUGCCACGUCUUUUGAAACAAUCUAUAACUACAUUAAUAUGUUUAUGUUUAUAAUUGAUUUCCAUUUUAUUUAAUUGUAGUUUUUCAAUCAUGAGUUAUAAAUGGAGGGAUUUUGUAUUUAUUUUCUCAAUAUACGUCAUGAACCUUGGUCUGUAUGUGGAUGCCAGGUUACCGUGUCGGCACGUGCAUCAGGAAGUUACAAUUCCACUCCGACAUAGCAAAACAUCCAGACAAUAUAUCACUACAACAGAAACAGAAUGGCGGAAAAUAUUACUAAGUUUAAAAUGGCGUUCGGGAAUUUUGCGAUUACGACUUACCCCGCAUAACAUUGCACCGGAAGGAACGGUAGCGGAGUGGCACGAAGGAAAUAAUUUAACGGAGAUUGAGAUACUAAGGGACGAGUCAAUGUACUACCGAGGCAAAGUGGUUGGAAAAGACCAUAGUUACGUCGCUCUUCAAGUUGACGGUAAAAGAAUCUCUGGAAUGAUACAAAAUGGACGAGAAGGUAUUUUUAUAGAGCCCCUAGAAGAAACAAGUAACAGUUCUACGUACGGUCGACAUAAGUUAUCUAGCUGCGGAAGGAUCCAGCCCCUCCAAUGGAUUUAAGUCAGCUAUCACAUAGGGUACGCAGAGCUCCUAACAGUUAUACCAAAUAUUUGGAAGUAUUAAUCGCUGCUGAUACAACAGUAGUAGACUUUAUAGGCAAGCACAGGAUCAAAAAUUACAUAUUAAGUCUAAUGAACAUAGUAAACACUAUCUACCAUGAUCCGAGUCUGGGAGCCAAUAUAGAAGUGGUGACUGUAAAAAUCAUGUACAUGGACAAAGCCUCUGAACGAUCGGUGGUGAGUGAGAAUAAUCCCCAGAGCACAGUUGACAGGUUUUGUCAGUGGAUUAGUUCCCAAAAUUACAGAAGUGCUCGUUCUGGACCGGGAGCCAAUCAUGACAUUGCUGUUCUUCUAACUAGACACGACUUUGCAACUGCAGGAUAUGCACCUAUCACUGGUUUAUGUUUACCUAUGAGGAAUUGUGCUCUCGUGAAGGAUGAAGGGUUUACAAGUGCUUUCGUUAUCGCACACGAAAUGGCACAUAUAUUUGGUCUAAUGCACGACGGUCAUGGCAAUACAUGUCAUGGGACGGCCUACACGACAAGUAUCAUGGCAACCAUUGUUCAGUCUUCUUUCAACCGCUACUGGUGGUCCGGAUGCAGUAAGGCAAAGAUGGCAGAAGUUAUUGGAUAUUUAUAUUGUCUCAACAACAAUCCGUUCGUUGUGGUAAAAGAGGAUCUGAGGAUUCCACUAGGACAGAGCUGGUCAUUAGAUGAACAAUGUCGGCUAGAAUUUGGUGGUAAUGCCAAAUUUUGUAGGGCGUUUAGUCACAUAGACCCAUGUGCUCAAAUGUGGUGUACUGAUGAAACUAGACGUUACUCGUGCAAGACAAAGAAUGUUGUACCGCUUGACGGAACACCGUGCAGAGGUUCAUCUCAGUAUUAUUGUCUAGCUGGUUCAUGUGGUUACCAUGGUGAUCAAGCUCCUGUACACGGUGGUUGGAGUCAGUGGACUGAAUGGAGCCAAUGUUCCGAAAAUUGUGGUGUGGGAUUUAAACGGCGGUCAAGGUUAUGCGAUUCUCCGGCACCAGAGUUUGAUGGAAAAGACUGUGAAGGUGAAAGUGAAAAUGUAGACACAUGUUUUACACAGGUGUGUACAGAAUAUACGGAUAAAAGAGCGCUGCAGUGUAGCAUGAUGGACAUAGUACCUGUGAGAGGGAAAACACAAACAUGGCUACCAUACCAGACUAACAAAGAUGAUGACCUGUGUAAACUAACUUGUGUAUCACAGAGUGAUAGCAAUGUUGUGACUUUUGACAGUCUCGUUGACAAUGGAACUCCGUGUUUCUACGGCGAAAGCAACUUCAUAUGUCUUGAUGGAACAUGCGAGAAAGUAGGGUGUGACGGUGUCAGAGGAUCUAACGUCAAACUUGAUAGAUGCGGUUUGUGCCAAGGUGAUGGUAGCACGUGCAAAGAUGUCGCAGGUAUAUACAAAAAGAAGUUUGACUACGCCGCAGCGGGAGGAAAACGGUAUGAAACAAUGAUCGUACUGCCAAAGGGAUCCAGGAACAUUACUGUAAAGGAAUUGGCGACAUUACCUCAUUUUCUAUCACUUCAGGAUACCUUUUAUUACAACUACGUUUUAAAUGGAGACGGAACUCAGGGACGUUCCAGGAACUUUGUGCUGGAAGGAGCAUGGUUUGAAUAUAAAAAUAACAGGGGACACGAGACGUUGAACUCCAAGGGGCCACUACAUAGGGAUGUCAACGUAUUGGUAUAUCCAAAUGAUUGGCGAAAUCCUGCACAAUAUCAGUAUGCCUACACCAUCGAUAAAGAUGACUUUACUCUAGAAAAGAAUAAGUAUCUGUGGAAGUUUGAAAAUUGGAGCCCCUGUAGUGUUUCUUGUGGGAAAGGUGUCCAACAUAUUCUAUACGGUUGUUAUGACAAAGACAGUGACGACAAGGUGGACGAUGAAAAGUGUCAGUUUGCCAAGAGUAAAGAAACAGACGAUGUUCCUUGUGAAAUGAUAGACUGCUCAGCACUCUUAUUUAUAUGGAGGAUGUUGAGAAACUACAGCGAAUGUUCAGCCUCGUGCGGAGAUACAGGAAUGCGUCAUCAACUGUUUGAAUGUGAGCAGCUCUCUGAUGGAGCGGUUGUAGACCCCGCAUUUUGUAACCAUUCUCCAAAGCCAAUGAGCAUAGAGCCUUGCAACCGGAAGAAAUGCGAGACGGUUAAAUAUAGAUGGGAUGUAACUACUAAAUGGAGUGAAUGUUCUGCCACUUGUGGGAACUCAGGAAGUCAGUAUCAGCUCUUCCACUGUGUAAGAGAAUAUAACGAUGGCCAUACCGAAAAGGCAGACGACAAGUUUUGUGCUGAUUUCAGAAGCCCAAAGGAGCCUAGACCCUGCAACAGGAAAUUGUGUGUAAAAUACCAAUGGGAAGUUACAGACAAAUGGUUACCUUGUAAUGAAACAUGUGGAGAGUAUGGAGCGCAAUCAAAGAAAUUAUUAUGUAAAAGGUACAAAGACAGUGAAAAUAUAACUGUUGGAAACUGGUUUUGUGCAAGUCAAGAGAAACCAGUUGAAUCUCAAGCAUGUAACAGAAGGGCAUGCUUCAGUUACAAAUGGGAUGUAGCCAGUGACUGGACUGAUUGUAGUCAAACAUGCGGCAACAGUGGAUUUAGAGAACGAAAAGUGUCGUGUAAGAAUGUCACGUAUGAUAAUAGGGAACGUGAUGUUCCUGGUACCUUCUGUGAAGAAAAUGAAAAACCUGCAGAUCGAGAAGAAUGUAAUAAAUCUCCUUGUGAAACCUUCUAUUGGAGUUCAACUGAAAACUGGUCUCAAUGUUCCAAAAGCUGUGGAGAUUCUGGAAUACAAAAACAACUGUUCGUUUGUCGGUCCAAUGAAUCUGACAACAUAGUUGAUGACAAUCAUUGCAGAGAAGAUGAAGUCAAGAUUAAUGAAAGACCUUGUAAUAGACGGCCCUGUUUUACCUUUCAGUGGAAGCUUCAAAGUGAUGAGUGGUAUCCUUCAUGCCAGAACACGUGCAGUGACCCAGUUGUUGAAAGCCAGACGCAAAAGGCAUCAUGCUACCAAAUAUUCAUAAGCGGAGAAAAAGAGCUCAGUGAAGCAGAUUUAUGUAAUAUAGAUGAGAAACCAGUCAAUACACGGCCUUGUACGAAACUGGAGUGUACACAGUUUCGCUGGAAUCGAGCAGAUGACUGGUCCGAAUGUGAAGCGCCAUGUGGAAGCACGGGUAUUCAAAGAAUAAUAUCAGAAUGUGUAGCAGUUGAGGGGUCAAUAAUUAAAAUUGUAAGUGAUGAUAACUGUCAAAAUGAAGAUAGACCAGCAGACCUUACAAGAUUUUGCUCAAGUCCAGCGUGUUACAGUUACAUGGAUGACUUAGAGGUCGGUUGGGGGCCAUGCUCUGCUUCUUGUGGUAAAGGUGUUCAAGUCAAAAUGCAAAAAUGUGUAGAAUUUAAGGGUGAUGAGCAACAGGAAGUUGAACAGUCUAAGUGUGAGGAAGCCAAUAUAACACAGACCACACAGCCAUGUGAUUCGGGGCCUUGUGUAUAUCUAGAAUGGGGAGCCGGUCCGUGGUCAAUGUGUUCUAAAACAUGUGGUUCAGGAAAGCAGAAACGUAUAGUAUAUUGUGGAGAUGCAAAUGAAUCGAAUGAUUUCGCUAGAUGCCCUGGCAAAGCUCCAGAUGAGUUCAGACCCUGUAGCGAUGGACCUUGUGUUGUCGGCAAACCAAGGAACUGUGAGUCAAACAGAGCAAGAUUUUGUAAUCGUGCAAACACCCGACUGUGUGCACAUCCUGCCUAUGAGCGUGUGUGUUGUGUAGCUUGUCAAAAUUUCCAAAGAGAUCAGGCAUGGUACAGAAGACGAAGAAGAUGGUUUAUUUACCGUGGAUGAGACCAUCACAUUCAUCGAGAUUUUAUUAUGAUGUAUAAGAAGAUAAUUUCACAAUGUUUUACGUCAUGUAAAAUCACCAGCAUAUAUUUAAGUUACACAGCGUGACUUAAGCUAAUUAAAUCUAUUUCUGUACCGUUUCAACAAGUCCAUAAGUAUGGUUUCAUUAAUAUGACCAAGUGUUUGAAUUUUGAUUUGUUGUCAGUUAUGUCUGACGUGGCCGUUUCUGUUUCUCCACCAGCUGUCACGUUGAUUGUGUUAACAUUACUGCAUUAUAGUCAUUUGAGAAUCCUUUUCUGAUACUUUCUUUCGAGUUUUUAAUUAAAGCAUGUUAUCACACUAGCUGAUUUAAACCAUCUCCUAUAGAUCAAUAGCAAACCUGUGUAUGCAAUUGAUAAUUUUAAACAAUACAAUGAAAACAUUUGUAAUACUAAAACUGUAUAACAAAGAUUGUUUCUAAGAUGAUAUAUUUCUCAAUUAUUUUCUUACUGUAAAUAGCAUAACCAUGUACAAUGUAUACGAAUUUAUUUCUUGAAUUAUUGUUCAAACUUUCCAUGGAAUUUGUCGACCGUGUAUAUCCGUGUGAUAUGUGUGCGAAUGUUGGCGACUUUGUCUUCUGAUUACAAAGUAAGAGCCAGUGUAUUUGCUGAAAUUCGUCUACUAGACUAUUAUAAUCAGAGUUUGUUAGAUGUGACGUGAUAAGAAAAUAUUGCCUUUUUUCUAGGCAUGGCAAAUAUGGAUAUAUCUGUAUCCACGGAGACAGUUUCAGGUUGAUUGCAUACCUGUUUGUCCGAUAGAAUACUUACACGAUAUAUGUUUCAUAUCAGCCAUCAUUGAAAUUUUCAUUGUGUUAUUAAUAUAUACAACAGGUAAAAGUAUUUAUGUAAAUAUCAUUCAUGAAAGCGAUCAUAUAGUCAAUAAUUUCUAAACGUGUCUUAGUAAAAAACGCAAAAUUACAUUUUGUAGCGAGAAUGAAGAUGUAUACGACGGGAUAUUUCAUUUCACUUUUCAGCUUGUCUUUUUUCAGUUUGUUUUGAAAACUCAUUUUUCUUUUAUAAGGACGUUUGUUAUGUAAAUGAGUUAAGUCAUCGUAUUGUUUCCAUAUUGAGAGCCAAAUGUAAAGUUGCACCAAAUAUAUGGAAUUAUGUUACAUUUUAAAAAAAGAGUUUGAAUUGUUUUUGUUUUUUUCUCCAUUUGUAAUGAAUUUGAUCAUGGCUUGUAAAAUAUUAUAAUGUACUUUCACCAGCUGUAACCAAGUUAUGUUUUCAUAAUGAAAUUAAUAAAAAGCUCGUUCUGAUUAACAAAAUA